GCCGCGUGACGUACCACCAUGUGUAUGGUAUGACCAAACCAGCACGCCCUCUUCUUCUUUCUCCCCCUGCAAGGGCCGAGAUUUUCUUUCACAAUUUCAGGCCAGUGUCCGUCUGCUGUUUUCUUUCACAAGAUCAGACAAGUGUCCUGCUUUUACAAGCUCUGAAGGGAAAAAAACACGCACUGCCCGGCCCCUUCGUCUCCUUCUUCUCCACUCGAUCGUUCUCUGAUUCAGGUGCGCAGUCGGUUUCUUCUAGGAGGAGGAAGAGUAGUCUGCACGGUGGUGAGUCUGUACCGGAGAUGGCAAGCUUCAACGAAGAGAACCGAGCUGCUCCGCAGAGCGAAGAGGCGUCUUUCCAAAACAAGUACGGAGGGAUAUCUCCGAAGAAGCCCCUCAUCAGCAAGGACCACGAGCGUGCCUACUUCGACUCCGCCGAUUGGGUCCUCGGCAAGGUAACGCAUGAAAGAAACCGGCCAAAAAAUACCUUCAACCACUGUAAAAAUCGGUGCUCAGAGCUCUCUCCUGUCUGUGUCCUGCAGCAAGGCGCGAGCAACAGCAGCACGAAGGGCCCCGCCACCGAGCCCCUGAAGCCCAAGCUGCAGCGGACCGCGUACCACCAGCUUCCCCCGCGAAGGCCCGCGUGCACGUCGGGCGGCACGGAGUAGCUGGCGCUCGCCGGCCUUGUGUUCGGCACCGCCGAUGCUCGUGCGCAGGCAGUCCAUCAGAAUGCAUGGUAUUGGAGCGAAUCCGGAUGUAAAUACAGGGAUGCAUGAAUCGUCAGUGUGGAGUUGUGUGAAAUGGAGUCGGUUCGAUCACUCGCUAUCUCUCGUCUUUCUUUUGGUUUCUCGUCUCGAGUGUUCGAGAAAAUUGGGCCGACCAUGACCUGAUGAUUCGCUGGCUAGCUUUGCCGCCUUUCUGCUGUUGACACUGUUACUGUAGCCAUCUCACCUGUCACAUCGCAACCCUAGCAGUGUUGCAUAGUCAUGGACAUAGAUAUUAGAAUCCGACUUGUAUUUAUGUGUUUGAUUUGGUAAAAAAAAAUUGACACGUGAAAUCA